GGAAGAAAUAUUAGUCUAUGCUCAUAUGGACUUAUCUUCAAUGACAAGUAAAGGAAAAGCAAAAGAAGAUAUGCUGUUCUCUUUUCUUUUCUGUUUUCUCGGGCCAGCUCUCUUCUCUUUUAUCCUUUCUUUUUCUUCCCCUCCAGCCUUUUGUACCGUCAGUCUAUAUUCGGGUAGCAUUUUAGCAUUAUGGCACAUAGAGGGUUAAAGAUCAACAAGCUGCCCUUGAUUAAUAACUGGGAAUAAUUGUCACAAGUAGAGCUUACUUCUACACAUAUCAAGCAUAUACAAAUAUGGCUUCCUCUUCUUCUCCCACUACUCCAUAUUUGAAGCUCGAUGUGUUCCUCAGUUUUAGAGGCACAGACACCCGCAAUAGUUUCACCAGUCAUCUUCAUGAUGCUUUGCAGCGAAACCAAAUUGAUGCUUACAUCGAUAACAAACUUGAUGGAGGAGAAAAGAUCGAGCCUGCCCUCUUGGAAAGGAUUGAAGAGUCGUUUAUUUCGCUAGUCAUUUUCUCUGAAAAUUAUGCAGAUUCUACUUUCUGUUUGAGGGAACUCUCCAAGAUUCUUGAGUGCAUGGAGACCAAACAACAGAUGGUCUUACCAGUAUUUUACCGACUUGUGUUGGUGGGAGAAACCACUAAUGGUGGCUCUGAUACCAAUUUGUUGGUGGGAGAAACCACUAGUUGUGGCUCUGAUACCAAUUGUUGGGGAUUUCUGCUCCCCUUGCGGAACGGUGGUGUUCAUGAUCAUUGCUCAAAGGAGGCUAAGCACACUGACACAAUAUUUAACGUGGUUCGGCAAAUCGCCUACAUCCACGGGAGAGAUCGAUAUUAUUAGAGAUAGAGAAAGAAUACAACACACGGAGGAGGAUCACAUCCACUCAACUCCUAUCUCUCAUUGCUA